GCAUCAUAGAGCAACGCAUGGACCAGUGGGUUUGCCAGCACUGGCGGAGACAGGUUCUUCCAGCAGGAGGCACAAGCUCAAAAUGUGCACAUGUCAAAAGGAGACACAUGUGAAGGACUCAAUCAGCACUUGGCACUUGUGAAAGCGGCCUUUUGAUCUGCAAGCCCGAAGCAGCUGUGACAUUUGCAGAGGGACCGGCACAGAUACUCACCUUCAGCCGCUUUGCUCAGCCGCCGCUCUACGUGUUUGACCUUCGUUUGCCAUGGCCCUUGCCUUCACUGUUGGUGCCUCACCAGGGCCUGCUGUGGCCGUUGGUGACGUUACAACGCCAGUGAGGGGCUACAGACAGGAUGAUCACAGCGGCUUCAGCUCUGGGCCAAGCGGCGCCGGAAUUUGCCUGGGUGCUGCAGUGGCAUUGGUGGGAGCAGCCGGAAGGAGGUCCGAGGCGCGAACAGCCUGCCGUGCAGCUGCUGUGAAAAAGAAGGGCGUCAAGGUAGUGCAUGGCAAGGAGAUUCCAUGGAACCUCUUCUCGCCAAAGGCACCCUACAAGGGUGAGGUGGUGAAGAAUGACGUGCAGCCUCACACCCUCACUGAACAGACAGGGGACGCCAAUUGGGAAACCUGCCAUGUGACCUUCAACCAUGGCGGCAAGGUGCCUUACAUCGAAGGACAAUCAAUUGGCGUGAUUGCUCCAGGUCCUGACAAGAAGGGCGAGACACCUGCCAAGAUCCGUUUGUACUCCAUUGCGUCUUCCGCAGUUGGUGAUGACGAGAGCAGCAAGACGGUGUCAUUGUGCGUCAAGCGAGUUGUGGAAGUUGAUGGCAACUAUGCCAACCGAAAGGUCGGUGAGGACAAGCCCGACAAAGCCGGCACGAAUUUUCCUGAGAACAAGGUCUACCGUGGUGUUUGCUCCAACCACAUUUGUGACAUGAGCCCAGGCGAUGAGGUCCUCAUCACCGGUCCAACUGGUGCCGAGAUGCUUCUGCCUGAAGAUCCAGAGGCAAACAUCAUCAUGCUUGCUACAGGGACUGGCAUUGCGCCGAUGCGAUCCUACUUGCGCUUGCUGUUCAAUGAUAAAGCUGGCGCACAACAGGGUCUGAAAGCCAAAGUUGGCAGCUUGCUCGGAAAGCCAGCAGCUCGGAAGUUCAAAGGCCUGGCAUGGCUCUUCAUGGGGGUGCCAUACUCGAAGUCUUUGCUUUACGAUGAUGAGCACAAGGUGUACAAGGAGAAGUUCCCCGACAACUUCCGAUAUGACUAUGCUGUGAGCCGUGAGGACAAGAAUGAAGCAGGGCAGAAGAUGUACAUCCAAACCAAGAUGGCAGAGUAUGCGGAUGAGCUGUGGGAGCUGAUGCAAAACGAGAAGACCCACGUCUACAUGUGUGGCCUUAAAGGCAUGGAAAGCGGCAUGGCUGAAUGCUUUGGGCCAAUCGCAGAGAAGAACGGCAAGGUGUGGGCUGAAUUUGCGAAGGCCAUGAAGAAGGCUGACCGCUACCAUGUGGAGGUCUACUGAGAGGUCCUCCAACAAAGCAACCCAAUUUCAGAGACAGCCAGGGCACAUCACACCUCGUUUUCAUAGUAAAUGUGUCAGCUCCUUUCUGUCUGCGAAGCGGAUUCAUGCGGCAAUUUUUGGGCUGAGAAGGCUUUUUAACACAGC